AUGAAAGCAAUAGCGACACUUUGCAAGGUUUCUUCUGGAAGAGGUGGAAAGAAAAAUGACAACUUAGGCGCGUUGAAUUUUGCUAAAAAAGACAAACCAGCUCAGGAUAAUAUUCUUCCAGAACUAGAGACUUACUUUAUGGCUUAAGAGAGGUCUCUUGGACUUAAUAAGACAUAAUAUGAAAAUUUUGUAUAUCUCAUCAAGAGAUACUCAUAUAAGGGAACACCAUUAUAAGAGCAUAUGAUGAAAGAAAUUAGUCCUAAAUUAGGCUUGGAUUAUGAGAAAUUGAGUGAGGAGAAUGCUGAUAAGCACACAUUCGCCUAUAUGAUGGUCAAGAAUCAUGAAAUAUUCCAGCAGGGUUCUUAUAAUAUAGAAAUUUUGCUAUGUCUAGGGUUUUUAUCUUGCUAGCAUCAUGACAGACAGUCUAGAAUGGAUGAGUUCUGGCAACUAAUCAAUCCAGAAAUAAACGAUGAAGUACCAUUGGAAAAGGUUAUAGAUACACUCAGAAUAUUUAUCUACUUAGCGAUAGUGUUGAGACUUAAAAUUGAAAAAUAAAGAACUCCUGAUGAUUAAAAUAAUGAUGCUAUUAACUAUUUGCAGAAAUUAGGAGCUUAAACUUAUAGUAUUGAUGAGAUUUAAGACUCGUCAGUAUUCAAGUUAAUGGGCAUGAGAGAAGAUUAGAGAACAGAAGAGGGGAAGUUUGUUAACUAUCAAGAGCUUUUUCAAUUCGUCAACCCUAAUAGAUGUUUGACUCCUUUUGAUAUUAGAAUGAAUGUUUUGUAAUGA